GCAGGGCAAGGUGGCCACAGUUGCCAAGGCUCCCUGAUGAGGUCAGGGGCCUUUUCUCCAGUUUAUCCCCCGCCAGUGCACUGCGGCACUGUGGAUCGCGAACUGCAGCACUGUGGAUCACCUCGAUAUUGUAUGCCAUGUCCUUAAUGCAUGUCAUGACAUCUCUGGACUUUCACUUCGUCACCCCAGGACUUCUCCUCAUCGGACAAGUUUUGCUGGUCCUGAACCAGGCAAUGGAUGCCCUUUCUGAGUUCGGUCAGAACCCAAUUCAGUUAACUUCAGAGCCUUGGGUGCCGACCAAGCUCUGGUCUUGGCACCCCUCUGAUCAUCCGCCCAAAUCCCCACAAACUCAUAAAUCCCAGGCAGGAGCAGGGGGCUUUGAUUACCUGGGGUCCUCUGCUCCCUCCCAGAUGUUCUCCCCACCCCGGGAGUUGACGGACAGUUUUCUUUCAUUCCAAGAUACGGAUACCUCUACGCAGCCGCACCCAGAGUCAGCCCAGUUCACUGUUCCAAAUCAGCAUCCGAUCUACAAAAUGACUCCACCUGGGAAGCUGCCAGAGAACAUUUUAAAGCUAAAUGGGGAUCAAAAUCAGUCUCCACAGUUCAAAAGUAUUUCCAGUCUGGAUGAGGCUGCAGAUAAUCAGUUAUAUGAAAUACUUGUUCCACCGCAAGAUAGUGAGAGUUUGAAAGUGACAAAGUUCAUAGCUUCGCCCCAGAACUUGAAGAAAGGUCUAGCUCAGCACAGGAAACUCGCUAAGGUGGUUGCCGGAACUACAAACCAAUUUGCAAAACCUGAACUCCAGGAAGAAAAUAUGGAGGAUGAUUAUGAGGAUACAAGUAUAAAUGAAACUUAUUCUGACAGCUUACCUCUGCAAUCCCAGGGAAACAGAAAGGAGCCACCAGUACCUUCUGAGCAGGUUGAACCUCCUGAAUACCAACUGGAGGUACAAUCUCAAAAUUUAGAGAAUCUUGGUUUGGUCCAAGAAGGCCCAGAUCAUCUCCCACUGCUCUCUGAGGAAGAAGAACAGAAGGGGGCUCAUCAGUUCGCUCAUGAGGGGGCUGCAGUAGUAGAGCAGCCUGAAAUAAAUGUUCCAUCUCCAGAUAGAAAUGAAGCCCAGCACUCAAACUUGCCAAAUGUCACAGUGAAUCCUAUGGAUAUGGAGGUUACAGUGAGUUCAGAAGCAGAUAAGGACACACAACAUACUUUGAGCCAGCAGCAGGCCCAGGGCCAUCUUUCAGAGGAGGUAGGACCUUCAUUAGUCCAAGAGGUCCCAGUCCAGCUUUCAGAGGGUUCUGAGGAGGUAGCAUUAACCCAACAAGAGUCUGCAGCCCCAACUUCAGAGCUCUCUGAGGAGUUAGAACCUUCGUUAACCCAACAAGAGACUGCAGCUCCAAACCCAGAGCUCUCUGCAGAGUUGGAACCUUCAUCACACCAGCAAGGGUCCUUAGCUCCAACUCCAGAGCUCUCUGAGGAGCUGGAACCUUCAUCAACCCAACAAGAGGCUCCAGCAGAGAUUUUAGAGAUUCCUGAAGACCUUGAAACUUCUGGUAGCCAGCUAGAAGUUCUGGCUCUACCUACAAAGCCCUAUGAAGUCAAUGCUCCAGUUGAGCAAGAGGCCACAGUUCCAACUCCAGAAUCCUCCAUACAGAAUUUAAUUGAAACUCCAGCAGCAACAACUCCACGUCCCAGUCAGGAUCAAGUUCACCAUUAUGCUUUGCCCACAAUUACGGUCAAACCUGUGGAUGUGGAACUUACAAUAACUUCUGAACCUUUUAAGGAGAUUGAGAUGUCUCCAGUUCAGGAGACUUCAACUCAAACUCCAGGUCCUCUUGUGCAAGCUGAACAUUUUCCUAGCCUGGAGCAGCAGCCAGCUGAACUUGAUGAAACUCCCGGGAAGGAUGAAUCAUCUGAAAGUAGUCUGGAAUCCCAAAUUCAACCUCUGGAGGAAUCAGAGGAAGAGGAAGAGGAAGAGGAAGAGGAAGAGGAGCCUUCUUCAAUCCAGCAGGAUGUCCCAUCACAACAUCCAGGCCCUCUUCUGGAGGAUGAGUCUUCUGUCGAACUAGAGCAGCCAGCUCAAACUUCUGAGUCUCAUGAGGAGGUAGGAUUAGGUCCUGGAAACCAGCCAGAAGCCUUAGUUACACCUGCAGAGCUCCCCGAACAAGGCUCGCCCCCAAUUGAACAAGCGGCCCCACUUCAUGCUGCACAAUCUGCUAUUGAGAAUAUACUUGAAACUCCACCAACUCACCUAGUGACAGUCCAGCCAACUCAGAAUAAAGAGCACCAUUAUCACUUGACACAUGUUACAGUUAGACCUGUGGAUGUGGCACUUACCAUAACUUCAGAGCCUACCAAGGAGAUGGAAUCUGCUCUGGCCCAGCAGGAGUCCCCGAUACAUCAUCCAGAGUAUACUGGAGUGGAGGCACCUCUCCUCAAGGUGACAGUUCCAACACCACAUCAGGAUCAAACUGAAUAUUCAACAAUGCCUGUUGCCUCAUUUCAGUCUUUGGACCUGGAACUCACCAUAAGUUCAGAGCCUACUAGAGAGACUCAGCCACCUACACCCACACAGGAGACUACUACAGUUCCUCCUCCAAAGGAUCCCCACCCAACAGAAUUCACAGUUCAAUCUUUGGAUCUGGAACUUACCAUAACUCCACAACCUACUCCUGAGGGAGAACUUCCUCAAACUAUUCCAGAGACCACAACUCAUCCUACAGAACCACCUACAGAACUUGUAGCUCCAUCCCCAAUAUAUCAAGAGGUAAGAAUUCCAACACCAGGUCAGUAUCAAGCUGAGUAUCAAACAAUGCCUGUUGUCUCAUUUCAGCCUUUGGAUCUAGAAUUCACCAUAAGUUCAGAACCUACUAGAGAGACUCAACCUCCUACAACCACACAGGAAACUACAGUUCCUCCUCCAAAGCCUUUGGAUCUGGAACUUACCAUAACUCAUCAACCAACUCCUGAGGAACUUCCUCAAACUACACAAGAGAUCACAACUCAUCUGACAGAACCACUUACAGAAGUUGUAACUCCAGCCCCGCUAUAUCAGGAGGUGGUAGUUCCAACACCAGGUCAGUAUCAAGCUGAGUAUCAAACAAUGCCUGUUGCCUCAUUUCAGCCUUUGGACCUAGAACUCACCAUAAGUUCAGAACCUACAAGAGAGACUCAGCCACCUACAACCACAAAGGAAACUACAGUUCCUCCUCCAAAGCCUUUGGAUCUGGAACUUACCAUAACUCAUCAACCGACUCCAGAAGAACUUCCUCAAACUACACCAGAAAGCACAACUCAUCUUACAGAACCACUUACAGAAGUUGUAACUCCAGCCCCAAUAUAUCAGGAAGUGACAGUUCCAACACCACAUCAAGAACAAGUUGUCACAUUCCAGUCUUUGGACCUAGAAUUCACUAUAAGUUCAGAGCCUACCAGAGAGGUUUACCAUUUUACAACCCCAAAGGAAACUAUCAUUCCCCCUCCAAAGCCCCCUCAGAUGACACUACCACAACAAGUUCCCAUCCAGCAUCCAAACCCAAGUGAAGUUACAGUUCAAUCUUUUGAUCUAGAACUUACCAUAACACCACAACCUACUCCUGAGGAAGAACUUCCUCAAAUUGUGCCAGAGACCACAACCCAGAGUACAGAACCACCUACAGAAGUUGUAGCUCCACCUUUGGACCUAGAACUCACCAUAAGUUCAGAACCUACUAGAGAGACUCAGCCACCUACAACCACAACAACAACCACAACAACCACAACAACCACAACCACAACAACCACAAAGGAGACUACUACAGUUCCUCCUACAAAGCCCCCUCAGGUGACACUUCCAGAACAGGUUCCCAUUCAGCAUCCAAACUCAACUGAAGUCACAGUUCAACCUUUGUAUCUGGAACUUACCAUAACUACACAAUAUACUACUGAGGGAGAACUUUCUCAAACUAUGCAGGAGACUACAACUCAACCCACAGAUCCAACUAAAGAGGUUGUCACUCCAGCCCCAGUAAACCCAGAGGUGACAACUUCAGCACCACCAAGUCAGGAUCCAACUGAGUCUCCAACUACAGUUGCUCUUCUACAGUACCAUCAGACAACACUUCCAGAACAAGUUCAUAUUCAGCAUCCAAAUCUAACUGAAGUUACAGUUCAACCUUUGGAUAUGGAACUUACUAUAACUCCAAGUUCCCAUAUGGAUGUUGAAUCUUCUCCAAGCACACAGGAAAUCCUUCCUGAGCCUGAACAGUCACAUGAGGAGAUUGCAGGUCAAGCUCCAGUAUUUUAUGAAAUACCACCAAUUCAGGAUCAAACUCAGCAUCCAAUUCCUUCUGAAUCUACAGAGCAUUAUGAGACAACAGCUGGAACAUCAGUUCAAGAUCAAGGUCAUCCCCCAAACUCAGAAACAUUAGAGGCUGAAGUCCCGACAACUACUCCAUCAUAUCCUAAGGUGAUACUUCCACCUACAGAACAGGUUCAGAUUCAGCAAGUCCCAAGUGAAGUCACACUUCAACCUAUGGAUAUGGAUUUUACCAUAACUCCAUAUGCAGAAAAAGAGUUAAUUAUCCAAAUGAAAAAAAAUGCCUCCACAAGCGCCAACUUGUGUGACUUUUGCUCGUGUGAAAAUGAGACACUAUUGUGUAUUCAUCUGAGCCCAAAGCGGAAACUUCACCAAGUGCCUGUGCUAAGGCCCAACACCUACAAAGGCACCUUAACUGUUUUGAAUUUCCAAGGAAAUGCUAUUUCUUACAUUGACAAAAAUAUAUGGAGAGCAUACCGGUGGACUGAGAAACUAAUUCUCAGUGAAAAUCUCCUGACUGAAUUACAUAAGGACUCAUUUGAAGGCCUGCUAUCCCUCCAGGUUUUGGAUUUAUCUUGCAAUAAAAUACGUUAUAUUGAAAGAAGGACAUUUGAGUCAUUACCUUUUUUGAAGUAUAUGAACCUUGGGUGCAAUUUACUCGUUGAGCUGAGCUUUGGAACAUUUCAAGCAUGGCAUGGAAUGCAGUUUUUACAGAAGUUAAUUCUCAGCCGAAACCCUCUGACAGUUGUUGAAGACCCUUAUCUUUAUAAAUUGCCAGCAUUGAAGUAUCUAGACCUGGGAACAACACAAGUACCACUGACGACGCUUGAGAACAUUCUCAUGAUGACUCUGGAACUGGAGCAUCUAAUCUUACCUAGCCACAUGACCUGCUGCCUCUGCAAAUAUAAAAGUGAUAUUGAGGUUGUCUGCAAGACAAUCAAACUGCGUUGUCAUGCUGGAUGUCUGACAAACACCACACAUUGUCUUGAAGCAUCUAUAGGGGACCCAGAAGGAGCAUUCAUGAAGGUGUUGCAGGCCCGGAAGGAGAACACCAGCACUGAGCUUACUAUUGAACAGGAAAAGAGCUAUUCAGAAAAAGAUGAUCUUAGCUCUUCAGGCUUCAUGAAUGAACAACUCGACUUUAACGAUGAAAGUGAUGUUAUUAGUGCCCUAAAUUACAUACUGCCAUAUUUCUCAGAGGGAAAUCUGGAAGAUGUAGUAUCAACAUUGUUACCAUUCAUUAAACUGCUGUUUUCUAAUAUACAAAAUGCAGAUAAUUCACUGGGAUCCUACAAAAAUGAUUCAAGGAACAUUUCUCUUAAUCCUGCACCAAAGUCGAAGAAGUUGGCUUACAAAAAUAAACUGAAUAAGCUUUAUUUUCUAGAGAAUUUGUUAGAUGCAGAAAUUGAUGAGGUUAGGAAGAAAGAGAAGACUGCCAUGCUUAUGCAGGGGUCUAGCCGCCUGAGUCCCAAAUUUAAAUGGCGAAUAUUUGAAAAGAGAUGGGAACCUGCCCAUGGAGAGGAAAACAGUCUUGCAGAGAUUGAGAGGGCAGAGAAAAGGCUCCACAGGAUGGACAGAGUGCUCAAGGGGACAGGAAGCAUACAGAAAAGGCACUUCCUUGACGUGCAUGACAAGAGCCUGUGGAGUAAGCAGAGCGUCCAGACACCUGUGGAGAACAUCACCAUAGAUGGGCAGCUCGGGAGCCCACCCACAGCGGAGCUGCAGCAGCUCAGUCUGGUGCAGAAGCCCAGGAAGUUAGUGGGAAAUUCCUUCCACUCAGAGCUGGUGCUCCCAAAGGAGCCCAGGGAGGCAGUGUCUUCUUCCCCAGAACCGGCCCUGGUGGACAAAUCUCCCACUACAGAUUCGCUACCCGAGUUCAUAGACAGACGAAAAGACUUGUCCUACACCAUUUAUGUUUUGGAAAGUGCAAAUGCCAAUGUGAAAAAAAUGAAGGAGUCUAACCCUAGUUUACAGCCUGAAAAGAGACAUGGAAACCUUAGGAAGAAAAAAUCUCAUUUCCAGUUGAUUGCAAAGAAUCCAGCAUCCUCUGCAGUAAGGAACCUGGUAAAUUCCCCUGCACGAGGGGUCUUUUCAUCUUCAAGAGACCUGAGUUUUUCAGAAAAACCUUUUUCAGAAUUAUAUGAUGCUUCAGAACUUUCUACAGAAAAACCUCUUGAAGAAAACCAGGCUACAACAGAUAACAGUGAAGAAAACCUCCUCAAACCAACUAUGAUUGUACCUGAAGAAACUGCAUCAGAGAAUACACCCCCUGAGAAUCUUCAUGUAGAGUCUAAUGUACUUCCAUCAGAUUUAAUUCCAACUCUUCAUCAAACCAGGGAUCCACAUUUAGACUUCGACUUGGAAUCUCACUCACAUGACCAUUUCAAAGAACUUACUUACCCAUUGCUGAUGUCACCGGGUGAACACUUUGAAUCUCAUCUAAACCAGCAGCUGCGGCCCCUCAUCCCCAACAACAACGUGAGAAGGCUUAUUUCUCACGUUAUCAGGACUUUGAAGAUGGACUGCUCUGAUCCCCAUGUGCAACUGUCCUGUGCCAAGCUCAUCUCCAGAACAGGCCUCCUGAUGAAGCUUCUCAGUGAGCAACAAGAAUUCAAGUUGUCCAGGACCGACUGGGAUACAGACCAGUGGAGAACUGAGAACUACAUCAAUGAGAGCACAGAAGCCCAAGGUGAACAGAAGGGUCUGGAACCAAGUCAGCUCACAAAAGAAGUUCCAGGAUACGGCUACAACAACAAAGUCAUCUUGGCAAUAUCUGUAACUGUAGUAGUGACAGUUUUGAUUAUCAUUUUCUGUCUCAUUGAGGUUUAUUCUCACAGAGCAGCAAGAGAGGGAGAUGAAGAAAAGUCCGCAGGGUAAAUACAAGAUUAGCAAUCCUUCCAGGAGAACCUGAGAGAUAGCAGAGAGCUUGGGCCUCAUUGGGGAAACUCAGGAAGAAUGGUAUUUCCCCUAAUGUCUUGCCUGGUUCCCCAAAGAGGCAUGUGUACCCAGGCCUAGC